AACCUGACCCAUCCCCGGGCUCGGACGGGCUCUUAAAGCCUCCGCGGGGCUGCCGAGCCCCGCCGUGGCCAGGUCCGACCCGCCGGCCCCUCCAUGGGCUCCCUGGGGCGCUGCCUGGCCCGGAGCCUGCUGCGGGGGCAGCCGGGCCUGAGCCUCCCCCACGGGCCCCGCUGCUACGGCUCCGCCCCCCCAGAGCUGCAGGAGAAGACACUGGUGCUGGUGAAGCCAGACGCGGUGCAGCGGCGGCUGGUGGGGAACGUCAUCCAGCGCUUUGAGCGGCGUGGCUUCAAGCUGGUGGCCAUGAAGCUACUCCAGGCAGACCAGGGUCUCCUGGACAAGCACUACCAGCAGCUGCGGCAGAAGCCCUUCUACCCAGCGCUCCUCGCCUACAUGACCUCAGGGCCACUGGUGGCCAUGGUGUGGGAGGGCUACAACGUGGUCAGGUCCACACGGGCCAUGGUGGGGGAUACGGACUCAGCGGUGGCGGCGGCAGGCACCAUCCGGGGAGACUUCAGCAUGCACGUCAGCAGGAACGUGGUCCACGCCAGUGACUCGGUGGAGACGGCCCAGCGGGAGAUUGGCUUCUGGUUCCAGCGGAGCGAGCUGGUGGCCUGGGAGAGUGGAGACCGGGACUACACCUGGGGGCCGUAGGGCAGCCCUGGCCGGCACCGACCCCCCCACCCCGGGCAGGACCCCCAGCCCCUCAAUAAACCCCGUGCCUCCAA